AUGGACAACAAUAGAAAUUUAAGGCCUGGCGGAUAUGUCGAGAUGCAGGAUAUUAACGUCCUUUUUGGCUGUGAUGACGGCAGUGUGAGGCAGGGCUGCGCAAUAUCACGAUGGACCAACCUUCUGAUAAAAGCAGGGAAUAUGCUUAACCGCCCCAUAGAUGUUGCAAAGGAUCAUAAGGCCCGAAUGGAAGCUGCUGGUUCUGUCGAUGUCGAAAUUAUCUGCAAGUGGCCACAGAACCAGUGGCCAAGGGAUAGAGAGAUGAAAGAGAUCGGCAUCUGGACAAUGGUUAACACUCAGCAAGGCAUGCAGGCAUUGCCGUUGGCCGCCCUUAUAAAGGGUCUUGGCUGGACUCCUGAAGAGGUGGAGGCUCUGCUGAUUGAUUUGCGCAAAGAUGUUCGAGAUAUUAGUAUGCAUAUUUACUGGCCUAUGUGA